AUGGCCAACAGCUCUGCGUUCGAAGGCUUGCAUCAAUUGCAGGGUGGCAACGGUGGCGGCUUUGAAAGCUGGGUACAGGAGCCGUUGGCAGAUGGAAGUCCGGUAGACCUCGUCUUUGCCACGCUCUCAGAGACGAGGUUGCAACUGGGCCCUUGGGUUCGCGAAUACCGGACCCAGCCCUCCCACGCAUUGGAUGUAGCGACAUACCAGAAUUCUUUAAAAGAGGCCGACAAGAAGAACGAGCUGCCUUGGACGAGUGUCCUGGACGGCAUGGCCGAGAAGUACAACGGGAAUCUGAAGACCUUGCUCUUGUUUUCCAGAUCUCGCUUCAGAAGAGAUCCUGAGUCAUUACCUCUCUUUGGAAGGCUGCCGGACAAGCGAGUUGCUGGCCUGGCUUUGCCGAAUCCCAAGAAGGCCUUCAUCGGCCGAAGCCUGCUAUCUCGGCACGAAGAGCUGCAUUUCUGCUUUGCUGGUGCACAUUUUCCGAUCAGUGACAUAGCGGCCGCUCUGGAAGACCCGAAGAAAGAUAAUCUGGAAGAGGCAAAGAUCCUCCUGGCAAGGACAUUGAGAAAGGUCCUGUGCAAGGCGCAGCGAAUGGGACUGCUCGAUGAUGGCACGAUCCUCAUUCUGCAAGGCGAUUUGAACAGCAGAACAGUACUUCGCCCUUCUGGCAACCAGUUGGACGUGCUGAGUGAAGUGAUGGCAGACAAAGAAUUGCAGGCGGCAAUUCGAGUCGGGCUGCCUUUACUGGACGGGGAGUGGUUUGAACCUUCCAAUGCAGAUCCAUCGGAGCUUCCAGUGACAUACAAGUUUUUACACGAUGUGGGUGACACCUUCCUGAAGGGGGAAAGCUCCCUCACCUUGAAGUCCCUCCUCCAGGCCGCGAGCGACGUGGAGCUUAGCCCGAAGAGCCCCAGCUCCGAGCGCUACCACGCGACACUGUGCAGCUUGUCGCAACAACAGCUGAAAGAAUGGGGUUUGGACUUCAAGGAAGGUAGCUUCCGCCCUUUCCGCUUUCCCGCGUCGGCUGAUCGGCUUCUGGUAUGGGCUCCUACGAAGCUGGCAAGGCGAUUACGCUGGAACUUCCCUAAGGGCGGUUACGAGGUGAUCCACACUCAAGGCGGAAGUGACCACCGCCCCGUCGUCCUUGAGGCUGCUUUGACAGUGGUGGCUGCAGUGCCUGACACGUCGGAGCCGUACCGCCCAGACCCGUCGCCAGAGCUGAUCGAGGCAGUCACUCAAGACGACACCGACAACAGUGAUUCAGGUGAGUCUCCGGGGCUGUUUGGCUCGCUUGUGGCCAGAGCUGGAGUCGGCAGCAGCUGGUUUCGAGCUUCGGGUGGAUACGUGCGCUGA